AUGCUGACUGGAGAACCAGUGCCUGUUACAAAACGCGUGGGUGAUCAGAAAAAGUUGGAUCAUCAACCGUGCUUUCUCAAAUCGUACAAAUGGUCGCUCAGGCUCAGCGUUCUAAAGCACCAAUGCAACGGAUGGCAGAUCAUGUUGCAGGGCGAUUUGUCAUGGGGGUUAUUGGUAUUGCUGUUCUAA